AUGGGAGAUGACUUGUAUUCUGAAAGUGAAUUUCCAUUGUUGUACAGCAUGUCCCAUGACAGUGAAGAAAAAGUUGCAGAAAAUCAAUGGCGUAAAAAAGUUGGCAAAAAAGCAGAGCUUUACGCCUAUGAGAAGAACCCCGAGAUUCAAAACGAAAUGCUAGAUCAAGGCAAUAGUUGUUCUUUUACUGAUGAAUCUAAUGAUCAUGACAAGGGUAAGGACAAUCAUGACCAAGCUGUCCAUAAUGAAGUUAAGGAAUUUUUUGGCAAUUUUGGAGGACCACGGCCAGGAUGUGCAAGGCUGCCACCUCCACCACCACCUUUUCCACCGCCAUCAUAUAGGUAUGGACAGUAUCCACUAGUUUAUCCCUACUCACCAGCUUACCGGAUAACAAAGCCGCCGUGGCCAUAUCCAUAUAACUUCUAUGAGAAGAAGGAACCUCCGAUAGGCAACUCUGUUUUUCACUCAUUUCGUAAUGAUAACGUUAAUGCUUGCAGCAUAAUGCAUUUAGGUGAAACUGUCAACAUUCAACUAAAUUUGAACAAUUGA